UCAGCUCUUUGGCUUCGCUCAUCCCCUCUCCCUCCUCCCCUCUAUCUCUCAUUCCUUUCCUCUCCCUCCUUCUUCCCCCCUUUGCUCUCCCUCCCUCUCUGUUCCCCGCAUUUCCCUCCGGCUGCCGGCCGGUGGCUCUGGCACCAUGCUACGGCUCCUUCGGUUGCUGCUGCUGCUGCUACUGCUGCCUCCUCCGGGAUCCCCUGAGCCCCCCGGGCCCCCAGGUCUUGCCCGGCUGUCUGCGGGGGCGCUCCCCCAGGCCCCAGAUUUGCUCUACGCGGACGGGCUGCGCGCCUACUCGGCCGGAGUUUGGGCGCCGGCUGUGGCGCUGUUUCGGGAGGCGCUGCGGAGCCAGGAGGCUCUGGGCCGCAUGCGGCAGGACUGCGGGGCAAGCUGCGCAGCCGAGCCAGGAGCCGCGCUCCCCGCCGUACUCCUUGGCUCCCCGGGGCCCGAGUCCGGACCAGGACAGGCGCCAGGCUCCUGGGAGCUACUGCUCCUUCGCGCCGCGCUCCGUCGCGCCGAGUGCCUGACUCAGUGCUCCGCGCGGAGGCUUGGUCCUGGGGGCGCGGCGCGGCUCCGCGUGGGGAGCGCACUCCGAGACGCCUUCCGCCGCAGGGAGCCCUACAACUACCUGCAGAGGGCCUAUUACCAGCUGAAGAAGUUGGACCUGGCAGCAGCUGCAGCACACACCUUCUUUGUAGCGAACCCAACACAUCUGCAGAUGCGAGAGGACAUGGCUAAGUACCGCCGCAUGUCCAGGGUUCGGCCCCAGAGCUUCCGAGACCUGGAGACACCCCCACAUUGGGCAGCUUAUGAUGCAGGCCUGGAGCUGCUGGGACGACAGGAGGCAGGACUGGCACUGCCCAGGCUGGAGGAGGCCCUACAGGAGAGUCUGGCCCAGAUGGAGAGCUGCAGGGCUGGUUGUGAGGGGCCUGAGGAGCAGCAGGGGAAGGAAGUUGAGGAGGAAGGCACUGGGAACCAGGGGGGCCUCUAUGAGGCCAUUGCAGGGCACUGGAUUCGGGUCCUGCAGUGCCGGCAGCGCUGUGGGGAGGACGUGGCCACACGUCCUGGUCGCAGCUCCCCUGUCCCCGACUUCCUUCCCAGCCAGCUGAGGUGGCUGCACGAGGCCCAUGCUCAGGUGGGGAAUCUGUCCCAGGCUAUGGAAAAUGUCUUGAGUGUCCUGCUGUUCUACCCGGAGGAUGAGGCUGCCAAGAAGGCUCUGAACCAGUACCAGACCCAGCUGGAAGAGCCGAGACCUGGCCUUGGGCCAAGAGAGGACAUUCAGCGUUUCAUCCUGCGAUCCUUGGGGGAGAAGAGGCAGCUCUACUAUGCCAUGGAGCACCUGGGGACCAGCUUCAAGGAUCCUGAUCCCUGGACCCCAGCGGCUUUCAUCCCCGAGGCACUUAGAGAAAAGCUCAGAGAGGAUCAGGAGAAGAGGCCUUGGGACCAUGAGCCUCCGCAGCCAAAGCCCUUGACUCACUGGAAGGAUGUCCUUCUCCUGGAGGGAGUGACCCUGACCCAGGAUGCAAGGCAGCUGAAUGGCUCAGAGCGAGCAGUGUUGGAUGGGCUACUCACCCCAGCUGAGUGUGGCAUGAUGCUGCAGCUGGCCAUGGAUGCAGCUGAGGCUGGAGCCAGAUCUGGCUAUCGUGGCCGCCGCUCCCCUCACACCCCCCACGAACGCUUCGAGGGGCUCACAGUGCUCAAGGCUGCACAGCUGGCACGGGCUGGGACUGUGGGCAGUCAGGGUGCUAAGCUGCUUCUGGAAGUGAGUGAGCGUGUACGGACCUUGACAGAGGCCUAUUUCUCCCCCGAGAGGCCCCUGCAUCUGUCCUUCACACACCUUGUCUGCCGCAGCGCCAUAGACGGAGAGCAAGAGCAGCGCAUGGACCUGAGUCAUCCAGUGCAUGCAGACAACUGUGUCCUGGACCCUGACACCGGAGAGUGCUGGCGGGAGCCCCCAGCCUAUACCUAUCGAGACUACAGUGGAGUCCUCUACCUCAAUGAUGACUUCCAGGGUGGGAACCUGUUCUUCACAGAGCCCAAUGCCCUCACUGUCACGGCUCAGGUCCGUCCUCGUUGUGGACGCCUCGUGGCCUUCAGCUCCGGUGGAGAGAAUCCCCAUGGUGUGUGGGCCGUGACACGGGGACGGCGCUGCGCCCUGGCACUGUGGCACACAUGGGCACCUGAGCACAGGGACCAGGAGUGGGCAGAGGCCAAGGAGCUGCUGCAGGAGCCAGAGGAGACCGAGGAAGAGAAGGAGGAGGAAAUGCCCAGCAGAGACCCUGCCCCAGAGCCCCCCAACCACAGGCUUCAGAGGGUCCAAGACAAGGCCGAGAAGCCACCUCGGGUCCGGGAGGAGCUGUGAAGGGCUGCGCCAGCUCCUUGCUGUGGCUGCUUAAUGUGUG